GGGUUGCAUCCCGACGUCAACCUGACAGCCGCCUCAGCUGCUCACUGAGAGCCGGAGAUCCGCCGUGUUCGCUGCUCUGCACCGCAGCCGAGGACCGGAGCCACUUUACGGGAUUGCCUUGCAACUUACCCGGUCUGACCCCCCUGCGCUGCGGCUGGAUUGUACUCUCCGAUCUGCAGCUCGUAAAUCAUCGUCUCGCUUUGACAUGGCCAAAAGCAAGAUGGAUAGCAUCGAGCGGAGCGGGGUGGUGGCACUCAUACUGCUGUGUCAUCUAACAAAGAUUUUUGUAACGGCAAGCCUGGAGGUGAAUGAAACCCAGCAGCAGCAUCCGACCAACGUCUACCACGACAUUGGAGUCACCAGGAACAAGAUAGUGACAGCACAGUUUGAGUGCUACCAGAAGAUAAUGAAGGACGAUCCCCAGGAAAGAGAAGAGCCCGUGUGUAACCGCACCUGGGAUGGCUGGAUGUGUUGGGACGACACCACUGCGGGGGCUAACUCGGAGCAGCACUGCCCCGACUACUUCCAGGAUUUUGAUCCUUCAGAGAUGGUGAAUAAGAUCUGCACAGACAGCGGUAUCUGGUUCCUGCACCCAGAGAGCAACCGGACAUGGACCAACUACACCCGCUGCACCGAGCACACCAACGAAGGCAGAGUGACGGCCAUGAAUCUCUUCUACUUGGCUCUCAUAGGACAUGGCCUGUCCCUGACCUCGCUCUUCGUCUCCCUGGGGAUAUUCUUCCAUUUCAAGAGUUUGAGUUGCCAAAGGAUCACGCUUCACAAAAACCUCUUCUUCUCUUUUGUUCUGAACUCUGUCAUCACCAUGAUUUGGUUGACAGGAGUGGCAAACAACCAGGAGCUGGUGCAGAGGAAUCCAACGAGCUGUAAAGUGUCCCAGUUCAUUCACCUGUACCUGUUUGCCUGCAAUUACUUCUGGAUGCUGUGUGAGGGGAUUUACCUGCACACUCUCAUCGUGGUGGCAGUGUUCGCAGAGAAGCAGCACCUCAUGUGGUAUUAUCUCCUGGGCUGGGGUUUUCCUCUUAUUCCAGCUACCAUACAUGCCGUUGCUCGGAGUUACUACUACAACGACAACUGUUGGAUCAGCUCCAAAACAUCGCUACUCUACAUCAUCCAUGGCCCCAUCUGUGCAGCUCUCUUGGUCAAUUUGUUCUUUCUGCUCAACAUUGUGCGAGUCCUCAUCACCAAACUGAAGGUGACCCAUCAAGCGGAGUCUAGUCUCUACAUGAAAGCCGUGAGAGCCACCCUCAUCCUGGUGCCUCUGCUGGGGAUUCAGUAUGUCCUGUUUCCCUACAAGCCCGAGGGACGGGUCUCCUCCGAAAUAUACGACUACAUCAUGCACAUACUAAUGCAUUACCAGGGUCUGCUGGUGGCCACCAUCUUCUGCUUUUUCAACGGGGAAGUCCAAGCAGUUCUUCGGAGGCAUUGGAACCAGUACAACAUCCAGUUUGGCAGCAGCAUAGGGAACCACUCGGAAGCAAUGCGUUCGGCCUCCUACACAGCCUCCUCCAUCACAGAGGUACAGGGCUGCUACAGCAUCGACGGCCACACAGAACACAUGAACGGCAAAGGCUUCCACGACGCCGACGCCUCCAUCUUGAAGUCAGACAGCCCCUUUGCCUGACAACAUUCCCGUAACCCUGCCUACCCCACCCACAAGCCUAGAAAUUGCAGCAUGUUUGGAGAGACAACCAGAGAACUCACCUUUUCCUUUUGAUACGAAGUCAGAAGCAAUGUUUGAGGAAAAGGACACACUCUCACCCACCCAAAGGAAAUUGUCCCCUCUCGGUCACACCGCUCUUUAUCAGCAUUGUACGGUGAGCUCAAUACAACCACUCCUGCGCUUUGUGUACAAGUUGACACAGAACUGCUUCACUCGAUCAAGAUGCAUUCUGAUAAUCACAAUAACGUUGCGAACUUUCUGCCUGACAGAAUUGUUUUAAAGUGGAUGAACAUUAACAGCUCGACCGUCCUUCGGGGAACAUGUUGUGCACAAAAAGCCUUUGGUAACACUGUCAAUUCUUAUGACAUGGUUAGUGCCAAACCAAGAAAUCUUUGCCUGCCUCGUUUUUUUUUUUUCAAUACAGAACCAGAACGAAGAUAGGACGUCUAACAAGUGCAUAAUAAUAUAUUAAAGCUAUAUUAUAUAUUUCACAUGUUAAACUUAAUUUAUCUGAACAUAUUAUUGUUUGUUGAAUAAAUACCAUACAGUAUUUAUUGAAGUUGAUAUGAUAUAUUAUUUUGGAAAUUAAUAUGACUCAUUGCUUCAGGCAGACGUUCAAUGUAUUUCUUGUUUGUUUCUGUGUGCAGUUAAUGCAGAUGAUUUCCUGUAAACCACAUAUUAGGUUGUUAUGUAACUUCUUAACACAAUAUUUUCACAGAGAAGCCGUCUUGAUAUCACAUGUUCACCAAUAUUCAUUACACUCGAAUGUAACAGUGAAGUUUGAAGACGUGGCUCUGAACAUAUACUGUAUGUACCACAUUCCCAUUCACUGCUGUCUUUAGCCUUACUGCUCUCAGAUUACUUAAAUAUAACCACUAAAUAAGCAUUAUGGGGUGUUCAGACUGAAUGGUACUGUGUUAGAAAUGCAGGAGGCUAACGGUAAGAUAAUGAAAUACAAGUCAGGAAAGCAAUUCUAAAGGAAAGGGUUGGAUUUUCAAAGUCAAUUUUUCAACAUCAACUUACAAGGUAACUUAGGAACCGUAGCUAUUGCACUGUAUGUAUGUAUAUUACAUCCCAUUCGUAACUUACUUAACUUAUGUGCAGGAUUUAAGUUAACAAAAACACCUAUUGUCUUUUAAGGUUGUUAGCAAGCUAGAAGCUAAUGUUGUUUAUGCUAACGUUAAACAACAUUAUGCUAAGGUUGUUAGCACCAAGUAGCAGGAACAUGCACCUGCGCAAAGUGAAUUGGUCGAUGCAGAGCGUCUCAAGGUAAUGAUGGAUUGCAUUGCAGCAAAAUUAUAUAUAUGUUUUAUAUCUCAUUCAUAUCAAUUAGGUAUAUGCUAACUAGUGCUAGCGUCAGUCUGAACACAUGCCUUAGUCAGAAGUGAUAUCCUCACCGUCUCUCAAGAAACUGCAAAACAUAAUACUGCAAAAAACAUUCUUAAAAGCAUUUAGCAAGCUGGCCAAACAGUUCUGCUGUCAUUUCAUCCUAAAACCUUCAUGUACGUUUUGUUCAUUUUAGAACCAUUAUAGGCUACUGCUGGGAACAGGAUUCACUAUCAGCUGAUGUAAAUCUCUUUGUAAGUCUAGUUUCUGAAAAGUUGAACAUGUGAGAGUGACUGGCGUGUGUGCAUGAUUUAUAAAUGUACAGUAUUUAUGAGUACAUUAUACUCUGACGCAUUCAAGCAUAAAGCAACCGUCUUAUGUGACAGUGUGUUGGACGUUGAUAAAGACAUUGUUUGUUCUACCUUUGGGUUUGAAAAAGGGAGGAUGGGGAAGCGGUGGGAUCUGUCUGCUCGUAUUAUUUACCAUUUUUUGUAGAGUCAUCACCUUUCCACUCUGCCUGUAUUUGAAAGUGAAGAAAGAAAAGUAGCACUGCCUUCUGUGUAACUUAUUAAUGCCAUAUUAUAACAGACGGAGACAAUUAGUGUUAGUUUGAUAUGUAGAAACUCACAUGCAACUUUCCAAACAGCAUGUUUUCUUUACUAUUUCAACGAGUGUUGAAGACAAACAAUAUAUAUCCUUCAUAACAGUAUUCCAAAAACAAGUAUACAUUUGUUUUACAGUCAGUUACUUUUAUCUUUGGUGGAUGAGUAUUUUUGUAGAUCAUGAAUUUCUCAAUAAUCUGAACGGUGAGGACUUAUACGGUGGCCAACAGGUGCAAACGCGUUACAACAGCCCAAAACAUUUCCAUUGGGAGAAACGCGGCGCAGUUUAAAAAAACGGUGCACAUACAAAAACAUAAAUGUGCUACAACACAUGCAAAUGAAGAAACAACUUCGCCAACACUAACAAACACAAAGCGCACUUGUUGACGUUUGGGGAUUAUAAAGUUGGCCAAAUGUCACUGUCUUUGGAAACUCACCUAAAAUGUAAUUAUUAAAGUCUUAUUUUAACAAUGUGAUCAGAUGAUCCCUUCCGAUUUUUUUGCGUAUCUGCUAUCUGCGUAUUAAGCUAGCUAGCUACCGUAGAUAACCCAAUCAUUUUGAAUAUUACUAACUUUGACGAUAGUGACAGUUGGCCAACUUUAUAAAUCCCGAAAACCUCAACAAGUGCUCCGCUCCCAGCUGUGUGCAUCACUUUUUAGGGUUCCCUGGUUUCCGUGUGAUGUGACCCAUUACAGCAUUUUGUAUUUGCAGCGCUUUUAGAAAAUGCUGAACAUGUUUCCUACAGUUGGCGAAGAUGUUUCUUUAUUAUCAUGUGUUUUGGCAGAUGUGUUUUUAUAUUUGCAUCGUUUUUGAAAGUGCAGUGCUUGUCUCCUAACAGGUUUUUUGGCCGUUCCAGUAACAUAUUUAAAAGAAAGUUCUAUAGUAUUUUGAUAUGUGAAAAAGUGUUAUUGGAUGCCAAUGAUAACGGGAGUGGGUUAAUUACAGGAUAUAUGCAGAGUAUUCUUUAAAGCAAGGGUUCAGUAUCACACAUACAUUUUGUACUUUGUAAUGUCAGAUCUGCAGGACAGUUUCUCUGUAUAAUUCUAAACUAUACAACUUACAUACGUCGAUCACAGUGGAAGUCUUUAUAGACCAAGUCAUUUACCGUGUAGUGAUGGUUUUAUAGUAAAUUAAACAGUAUUUUCAUCACAAACUAAGAGAUUUCUGGAAAAUGUAGUAACUAUGUACCAUUUAAGUUGUGUACUGUAUAUAUGUGUGAAAUAUGUUCAUAUGACUCUCCAAAGGGUUUGUGAAGUCCGCUGGGACACUUUGGUGAAAUGUUGUGAAGUAUGACAAAAGCAUUAAUGGCAAUGUCUGUCGUUUUUGUUUAUACUGUACUGUAUUUAACUUUGGCAGUCUUGACACAUUGACUCCACACUGCUGUUUGAAUGUAACUGGUUGUGUUUUAUUCUCUGUGAAAAACAUAUAUAUACAUAUAUAUUUACGUACAA